AUGUCCUACUUCAAGACCGAAUACCAGCGGUUCCUGGAUAACCCCAAGGCUGCUAAGUUGGCCGACGAUGUGUCCUUGAUCUAUGUUCCUACCACGACGAAGUUCGAGAAGUCCGACAACGUGAUCACUCAUGUAUUGAAGAACGCGAAGGUGGUCAAGACGAAAUCGAACAAGGUCAUCAGCGCCAUUGAAGGAUCAGACUCGCUAUGUCUCGACAUGGAGACAACCCUCGAAUUCACCGAGGGUGGUGGGGUUUAUCUCCCCUCACUCGACGAUAAUUUCCUGGCCGACCGUGUCGCGACCUUUCCCACGAUUCAUAUCGUCCACUUCGACACCAAUCAACAGAUCAAGCAGAUCCGAAUUUACUGGGAUCAGGCCUCAUUGCUGAAGCAAAUCGAGGUUAUUGGAGCGCGCGGACGCCAGUGGCCCAUUCGUGAUGGAAAAGACCAACUCCGUCUCCUCAGAGACGCCGAGACGGCGCGUGGGACCCCCUCGCAGCCUUCUUCCCAGAAGUUGGAUACCGAUCUCCCCCACCGCCCCUCAUCCUCUGGCAAGCGCCGCAUCAAGGACCCCUACGCAGCCGACUCCCUGACCGAGCUCAUCUCGCCAGUCAAGGAGGUCGCUGAGCCCGAAAGCGGCGCGAAGACCCCCAGCAGACCAUCCACAGCCAAGAAAUAUACCCCAGACCCCUACGGAGCGGGUUCUUUGACUGAGCUUCUGUCCCCUACCAAGAAGGUUCGCGCCCCUGUGGCUCCCUUUGCGCCCUCGGCUGGGCGACCUGCCGAGCGCAACUUCAGCGAUAUUUUCGUGAAGGAUGAUCACGUGCCCGACUCGCGCACCGGACCUGUCGAUGAACACCGCCAUUACUACAAAGCCGUCCCCGGAAAGUACGACCACUUCGAGAUCGGCGGAGACAACUCGGAGCGCGAGGCCAAAGCAGAAGUGAGGCAGGCCAACACCAAACACGAAACCCACUGGGACUUCAACGACGUUGAGACCCCUGUGAAGGGCCAGCGCGUCCUACGCGGGCAAGAAGUGCGCCACUUUGGCUUUGGCGAUGACGAAGAAGGCGCCGGAUCCCCCCAAACCAAGCAGGACGUGGCCAAGCCCCGUCGCGACGCAGAUCGCCACUUUGACAUGACCGAUUCAGAAUCCGCGGACGAGGGGCGGAUCAUCAGCUCAUUCGGGGGUCGCGGCAAGCGCCUCUACGAGAACCGCCUCUUUGACGACAACGGCCAGCCCCAGCUCUCCGAGCGCGAGCAGAAGGACGAGCCCCUUCCAACAGGCGGAAACGUCGCCAACCGCAAGAAGAACUUCGCUUCGCAAUUCGACCUGACGGACGAAUCGCCCGUCAAGGAGAACAAGCCUACCCAAAGACAUGAUGCGCACAAUAAGAUGAUGGAGUCCCACUGGGAUAACUACGACGAGCAGACCCCUCCUAAGCCUACCCAAAACCACGACAAGCACAACAAGGCGAUGGAGUCCCACUGGGGUAACUAUGACGAACCGUCCCCCCCUCAUCCUACCCAGCAGCAUCACGCGCACAACAAGAUGAUGGAGUCCCAUUGGGAUAACUACGACGAGCCGACCCCUCCUAAGCCUACCCAAAACCACGACAAGCACAAUAAGAUGAUGGAGCCACACUGGGGUAACUUUGACGACGCAUCCCCCGAGCCGGUUAGGAGGAAUGCCACUGCGCAGCGCAACCCCCUUGGCCACAACCAGCCCAGCUGGAACCACGGAGACAACAACUAA